UAAGAAAUGAUGGUGAUGUAUUAGAUAAUCUUCUUUUAGAUAAUUAUAAAUGGCAAUAUCUAGAUAAAUUGGUCUUGCUUCUUCAAUCAUUUGCACAAUCUAUUACUUUUAUAGAAAGUAGUCAAUAUCUGACUAUGGGUAUGAUGUAUCCAACUAUUUAUAAACUAAUUCUACAUCUUGAUGAUAUUUCUAUCAAGCUUACUACAUCUAAAAUUCAAGAUAUUUGUGAAAUAAUGAAUGAUUCAAUACUAAACCAUUGGGAUGAACCAAAAGAAAUAGAAUUAAUUGCAUCAUACUUGGAUCCCUGCUUUAAAAAUUUACAUUUUUUAAGCCCUUCAAAAAAAAUAGAAACAGUUAAUUUGCUUCGUACAAAAAUUGCAAACUUAUCUGAUUUGUCCACUUUCACUACUUCUAAUAUUCCUACUCAAGAUACACAUAAGCAUAUGAUGAGCAA